CGCGGAAACACACUCAUAACAUUAAACGGCUUAUCGAUUGAAACGUAAUGUAUGCUUCCAGCAAACACGCCUCGUAAACUAUGGCAAGGAAAUUAACGGUGAGCAGUACGUGUGUGAUGUUUGCCGAAUCUCGACGCCAGUGCGCACUGGGUCGUAGUACGCGAAAAUGUUUAACGCAAUAGAGAAUUAUAACCAAACUGAAUUAAAAAUAUGGAUGGAUUUUAUUGAGAGGGUGAUAACUGAAGAGUCGGAGGUGGCCCGCGCUCUACUGAUUAUUUCGAUGUACUUUAUAUUCUUCGCCAGUAUCAUUGGGAACGGAAUAACCUGCCUCGUUAUUUACUAUGACAGAAGCAUGCACACAGCUACAAACUUUUAUCUGUUCAACUUGGCAAUAUCAGAUUUUAUAGUCUCCUUCGCAAUAUUCUUAGAAGUGAACGAACUGACACUUCCUUCAACAAAGCCUCCCCAUUUUAAUUUAGGAAGGAUGGCGUGCAAAACUCAUUUUAUAGUGGUAGCAGCUCUUUGGAAUAAUAGUAUAUUAAUUCUAACAGCGCUAGCUAUAGAAAGGUACGUAGCGAUCUGCUACCCUUUGCUUUUAAAGACGAAGUCAGUGUGGCGGAGAGUGACGAAGAUAAUCGUGGUGAUAUGGAUCAUAGCGAUCAUGGAGACCAUACCGGAGUUGUGGACAUCAGAUCUGUUAACUACGUCGAAGUACUCACUGUGUACCAUGGUACCGACGCCAUACGCGAAAACAACAAAUGGUGUGAUGGCAGUGCUCACGUUUAUUUUACCGUUGAGUAUCAUGACUUUUGUGUACUCGAUGAUCGCGUGGGAGCUGCGAACCUCGCAGAAGUGUCGGCCACACGAUAAUGUUUUCAAUCAACGCAACAACAGAAGGAAAGUUAAUAAGCUUAUUGCUUUAACGCUGGGAUUUUUGAUCUCCUGGCUGCCCUUCUUCUCUUUAAGAAUGUCGUUGUUCAUCUACGACAUCACGCAUAUUGUCAACAUGGAGAAGUGGUGGCGUAUUGGCUUUAAUCUCACCUUAUUCAACAGCUGGUUCAGCACGGUACUGAACCCACUGCUAUUCAGUCUCAUGUCGACGAAGUUUAGAAGAUCAUUGCGAUUAUUUUGGAAGAAAAAAAUCAAGAGAGAAUCGGAAGUAAUUCGACCGUGCAACAGAUCUGCGAAACUAUGUGCUACAAGCGAUGAUAUAUAAUAUUAUAAUAGAGAUAUAAUUUAUUUACGAUA